AUGCCUGGCAGCGCAGCCCACGGCGAAACAUGGUUGAUAAAAAACGACGUAAACGCUCAAAAAGAAGAGCUAGCAAAGCGCAAAGCAAAGCUCGAGGAAGCAGUUGCCCGCCUCGAUCUCGGCAUCUACCAAGCCGCUCAAGACAUGGAAGAGGAGCAAGAAGAAGCAUUCGAAGACGAUGAACACUAUGAUGAUGAAAUGGACUACGCAGAGAGAUUUGACCCCCAUGACAGAGAGGACCCGGAAGUGCUUUUGGAAGAAAGGCAGCAGCUCAAGACAGAUAUCGAAGAUCAACUAGAGGAGGUCGAGAAGAAGCUAAAGGAGCUUGAGUCAAGCAACCUUAAUUUCACCUGGGAACGCCGUGAGCUUCCGAUCGCACUUCGGAGGCUUGAUAAACCGUGGGAGGACUUCAGCCACGACUUGCUCGUCCAGGCUCAUUUAGAGGCACAAGCCAUGGCAAUUGCAGAAAAGGAACGUCUCGAGCAGGAAGCCAAAAAAGCAGCAAAGAAAGGCAAGAAAGUUGCAGCACCGAAAAUGGCGCCUAAAAUACGUGACGUGCCGACAGUCUUUUGCGCGAAAGUUAUGGAUCCGGGGCUGGCCGUAGCUGCAGACGGACGUGUCUUCUACCGGAGUGAUGCGGCCUACGACGAUGCAGCUGCAAAUGCGCUCGUCAAGGAAACUGAGGUGUUUAUGAGGUUCUGUUGGCGGUACAUCGUGGAAAAGGGAAAAUUCAACUUUGAACAAGUGGGAUUGCUGCCGGUGGUUCACACUGCCACUGUGAGCCGCACACAUAGCAGUUCAAAGACUAUGUCUGGUGCGGCCAUUAUCACGCCGUUCAUGCAAAAUGGCAGCGUUGGUGCGGUGAUGAAGUCUCUAGCUGGAAAAAGGAACACAUACGCGUACGAAGCGGAUCUCCUGCUGGCGAAUGCAAGGAACCUAGUUUCAUGCAUGGCUUUCUUGGAGCACUACGGAGUGUAUCACGGCAACAUUCACCCAUACAACAUUAUGGUUUCAGACGACGGAUUUCGUCUCCUUAUUGGCGAUUUCGUCCCCCCAAGCGAGUUCAAACGAUGGCUUGUACAAGUGGCGAAGGGAUUAGCCGCUGUUCCCCCUUACUGCUCUCCCGAAUACUACACUGCAUUGUAUGAGCGGCGGAUACAGCGGCCAUCUGUCUACGUGGACACGCUGUCUCCUCAUAAACAUGACGUGUUCUGUCUAGGCCUUGUCAUUCUGCAGCUGGCCACAUUACAGAAUGUGACGAUAUACCGCGAUAAGCCGAAGAAGCUUACAGCAGCACUGGAGAAACUGAAGAAUAGCGAUUCACCAGCAGCCCCAGAUCUGGCCUCACUACUCAGUCGGAUGCUAACAAUGAACCCUACAGAAAGGCCAUUCUUUAAGGACCUGGUGGAUGCUCAAGACCGCUGGGCUCUUCAAGCAUCGGAGUGGGUUCGUGGAGCCGCCGAACUUCUAGGUUUCGGGAAACCACCGGCCGAAGAGUUAUACUUAAACAAGUCCCUGACUCCACCAGGAAUGGGGACGCAGACUCGCCCACCUACACCGAAGAAGAAGAAUGAGUCAUCCACCUGCAAUGUGAUGUGA